AUGUACCACUUGGCUGUGACCAGCUUCACAACGCCCUAUAAGAGCAAGAUCUUUGAUGCUGGUGGACCAACUACAACUAUAGCACCAGUGGCGGGCCCAUCCAAAAUCCCAGUGACGUAUAAUGACUAUUUGAAGGUCACUAAUGUGGAUAUAAAUGAACCUUCCAAAUUAGCAAGUAAAUAUGUUGAUGCAUCAAUUCUACGUGAUAAGAUAACACCAGUUCUUGAUGAUACCCAAUACCAUAGCAAUGCUGUCAAUUACAAUUUUUCAAGUGAACCUAAUGGUCUAGGGCCUUUCACCCCUUUUGAAAGAACAGAAAUCAUUGAUAUCCCUGAUGAAAUUUUGAAAGAGUAUAACAAGGUGGAAACUGUUAGUAAUAUGGGGAUUUUCUCAGAAAUUUCAAGAGCGUGGGUUACAAUCGAUAAUAAAUUAAUCUUGUGGAACUUGAAGAAAACUUUGGAGUUUCAAACAUUUGAAGAUAUUCAAAACACAAUUUUAAAAAUUGAAUUAGUUAAACCAAAACCUAAAACUUUUACUGAAUCAAUUAACUAUUUAUUAUUAAUUUCCACCCCAUUUGAUAUCCAUAUUCUUGGUGUUGCAUAUUCAUCAAAGACCAAUGAUUUGGAAUUGUAUAAUACAGGAAUGGUUGUCUCCUCUCAUGGUUUAAGUGUUGAUCAGUUCAUCUCAUUUGAAACCACUGGUCAGAUAUUCUUUACAGGGUCUGGUGAUGGUUUACAUAUUUGGGAAUUACAAUAUUCCAACUCAGAAGAUUGGUUGAACAAAAAAUGUAACAAACGUUGUUUAACAAGAUCAGCAGUUUCGAGUCUUGUUCCAGGUUCUUCAAUCAUCAACUCAAUUGCGAAUUACUUUGCAGAAGAUGAAUCUUCAAGUAAUGAAACUGUGAUUCAAUUAUUAGUUGAUAAUUCAAGAGGUAUAUUGUACACAUUGUCAAACCAAUCAGUUAUUAGAUGUUAUAAAAUCACUGGCUCGGGCUCUUUGGGUGAACCAAUUGUCGUUAGACGUUCACACAUAUCCACUUUUGCCAGAACUUCUAAAGCUAAAAACUCACCACUUCUUAACAAAAAAUAUCUUUCAAUUGUUAAUUUAAAUGUUGUUUCAAGAAAUGAAAAUGAAGAUUUAUUCUUAGUCGCAAUUACUGUUGGUGGUUGUCGUCUAUAUUUGAAUGGUUCAUCAAAUCCGCAUAGUGUUACUGCACUAAGGUUGGAAAGUGUUAGAUUCCCACCUACAAAGAUAACACAAGAGCAAAUAGAGGCUGAACAAAGGUCUUUCAAAGAGCAAGAAGCCUUGAAAGGUCCAGCAACAAGCUCAUCUGUUUUCGGAUUACCAUCUGCUGAUAAAAGAACAACAGAUGAAUUACCAACUAUUUUAUCAUAUCAAAAGAAAUCAGCUGUGUUGGUUGAAUCAAGCUCAUCAAGUAAAGUGAUUUCACCUGGUAUUUUCUUUGAUGUUGUUCAAAAACCAGAAACAAAGGAAAAUAAAUUAUUUGUUACAGUUCCUGAUUAUGGUGUCUUGAAAUAUCAUAACCAAUAUAUGGAAAAUGCUACAUUUUUGGAAUGUUCAGGAAAAGUUCAUCAAAUUGUUCCAUUAUCCAAGACUUUCAACGCUACAGACAGACCACAAGGUUAUGCCAAUGAAUUUGCCACACAAUAUAUUUCUGGUGAUUUUGAAGUUGCAGUUUUAACCAAUACUUCAUUACAAAUUUAUCGUUUUAGAAAACCAGACGUUGUCUUUGAAUCAUUAGUUGAAGAUUUUGUUCCAUUCGUUACAAAAUAUGGUAUUAUGGAAUCUACAUCAACUGCAUUAUACAUUACUUGCAAAUACAACAUUUCCAAAACAAUAAGAUCCAAUGCAUUCAGUUUUUUCACUCUAGGUGUCCCUAAUUUAGUUGAAUUUAAACCUCGUUAUGUUCAAGAAAGUUCAAACUCAUUGAUUACAGCAGUGCUCAAACCUUCUAGUGAUUCACAAUUCAAAUUUGAAAAUGUAAUUUUAAGUCCAAGAUUUUAUGGUAUUGUUACAUUAUUGGGUAGAUUGUUUAGAGAAAUUUGGGAUGAAAAAGUUUUUGAAAUUAGUAAAGAUGUUAAAUAUGAAAAAAAUGGGACUCUUAUCAAAUCAUCAAUUUUUGAAAAUGAAUUUUUAAAUUCUUUAAAUAUUGAUCAAUCCAAAAUUGAAUUUUUCCUAAGUUCAAUAAGUGUUCUUAAUGAAUUUUUCCAAACAUAUGGUAAUACAAUUGCAUGUUUCAUUCCACCAAGUUUCAACAAUAAAACAUUGGAUAAAUCUGAAGAAUUUGCUAAUCAAGCUGAGAACAUUGCAAUCAAUUCUGUGAUUAGGUUAGUUAUUUCCAUUAAGGAAGCAUUAUCAUUCCUUGUUGUCUUAUUGAAAGAAGGUGGUGAAGCUGUUGAAGGUGAUGAUGAUUCUAAUUCAAGAGAUAUUUUCAAAUAUUUAACAUUGGAUGUUCAAAUUUCAUUAUCUAAACUAACUUUCAAAGAUUUAUUUGCUCCAACUGAAGAUUCUAAAAAUUUGGUCAAAGAGAUCUUAUCAUCUAUUAUAAACCGUUCAAUGAGCCGUGGUGAAUCAAUUGAAUAUAUUGCUAAAGGUCUUCAAGAGCGUUGUGGGUCUUUUUGCUCAGCCAAUGAUGUUGUUGGGUUCCGUGCUAUUGAACAUUUAAGAAAAGCUAAAGAAAUUGGGUUCAAGGAUUACGAUGGUUUGAACUACCAUUUAAGUCGUGCAAUUGAAUUAUUUGAAGCUAUAAAUAAUGAAGUCAGUGUGGAGAAAUUGAAGGAAUCUAUUGAUAUAAUGACUGGACUAAAUGAUUUCCCUCGUGCUAUCAAAUUUGCUUUAAGUAUUUCAAAUGUUGUGGAUAAAGGUAAUCUUGGAUUACAAUAUGUUUUAGAUGGUAAAUUAGUUAAUGAUUCACGUGAGAAAUAUUAUCAAAAACGUGUUGAAAUUUUUGAAAUUGUUUUCCAAUUGUUGACCCAAGUUGAUAAAUUGGCGUUAGAAGCAAAUGUUCAAAUGGCUAGUGGGAUCGAUAAUAAUCAAUUUAUUACUGAUUUUGUUAAAUUACGUGAUAUCAGUUAUGAUGUUGCAUUCAAAUAUCAAGAUAAAUUAUUCCAUUAUGAAUUCUAUGAUUGGUUUAUUAAACAAGAUAUUAGUGAACGUUUAUUAGAAUUGGAUACACCAUACAUUCUUGAAUAUUUGGAGGAAAAAUCACAAGAUUCAUUAGAAAUUUCAGAUUUAUUGUGGAUUUAUCAAUCUAAGAAACAAAACCACUAUCAAGCUGCUUUGAUAUCAUAUUCUUUAGCUUUAAGUGAUUUCACCAUUUCAUUGAGUCAAAGAAAUGAAUAUUUGAGUCGUGCAAUUGGGUUUUGUAAUUGUACUACAUUACCACAUCAAAGACAACAAGUUAUUGAAUUGAGUACAUUGAUUGAAGAAGUGUUUGAAGCUUCAAAUAUCCAAUAUGAUUUAUUAACAUGUAUUUCAUAUGAUAACAAACUUGGUGAUGAUAAAAAAGAUGAAUUGAUUGCACAAUUAAAUGGCAAGAUCUUGACUGUUAGUGAAUUAUUUAAUGAUUUUGCAGAUGUAUUAUCAUAUCAUGAAGUUUGUUUGAAUAUUUAUAAAGUUUCUGAUUUCAGAAAUUCUGAUGAAAUAUUAUCAAGAUGGUAUCAAUUAUUUGAUUCAAUUAGAGAGGAAACUUUAGAAGAUGAUGAAACUUUUAUUUCACUAUUGUAUCAAACUUUGGCUAAAGUUGGUAAGAAAUUGAGUAGUUCAGAAUUUGUGUUCCCUAUUUCUGAACUUUUCCCAAUAGUUUUAAAUUUAGUUAUUGAAACUAAUCCAGAAUUUUAUCAUAAAGGUGAUAUUGUCAAUAUUUUCAUUGAAAGUGGUGUUACAUAUGAUAAGAUCUAUUAUAUUUUGAAAGAUUCAAUAGAUACAAAUACUAGUGAUGGUAACAUCAAGUAUUAUGCAAGUGAAUUGAAAGUUUUAAUUAAACAAUGGUAUGAAGAAGAUAUAAGAUUACGUGAAAUUAUCUCAAGUGAUGAUAUUUUGGUGCUAAACAACAGUGAGGAAUACUCUGUUGCCAUCGAUCCUAUCAACAAGUACAUUGUGAAGACUGGUAAUUCAAUAUAA